AUGGAAUAUGUCAAGCGCGGACCGUGCGGACAAGAUGGAUGUCGACAAACCCGCUACUACUUGGAUAACGGCAUCUGGUUCUGCAGGCGUGGCCAUCAGCAAGAGGGCCGCCAAGUCGAAGAAGAUCCUGACGACUGGAACAAACGAGGAAAAGUUCAUCGUAUCAAAAAGGUUGCCGAAGAGAAGUCCCAGCAGACGUAUACUGGACGACAAGGAUAUCGCCUUUUCAUAUACGCAUAUCAACUCAUACUCUGGAAGCAAUGCCAAGCGCUGGUAUCGCAGAAAGGGUUCCCCGCUGAUAUAGAGAAAAUAGUGAAAGAUCUCUGGGGCUUGCGACUGCAAAAUCUAACAGACAAGUAUGAUGUGUCACUGGACGAGCCAGACGAAGAUACUGGCACAGAAACUUUCAGUUCACAGACUCCUGCUGUCGCAAGCGUUGAAGACAAGGAUCAAAAUUUGAAGGGUCAAAAGACGAGCCGAAAGUCGACUGACAGCCCCCUCCUGAAAGAGACCUUGGGCCUCUGCUAUCUGGCCUGUUUACUGCUACGCUUGCCUGUGAGCGUGGGUGACAUCUACCGAUAUGCCAUGCGAAAUGAAAUACCCUUUAUUGGGGCUCUCAAAAUUGUCCCUCAAGAAAUGAGAGACCGAAUGUCGCCGCAGCACACAAGAGAUCUCAGCGUACAGGUUCUUCCAGAAGGCGAUGAGCUUCACGAAACCGUGUAUCGAUUGGUCAAUAUGUAUACACGCGAACACGAUGUCACAUUUCCUCCAUUGAAUAUGCCACUUAUGCUCUAUCAAUUUGUCCGCCAGCUAGGGGUACCACUGGAGGUUUAUUCGUUUGUUAAAAAAUUGCAACUAUUCCUCAACUUUUCAUUCAAAUUCUCCUCGGACAAAAGGAGAGCAUUGAGAGCUCAGGCAUUCCCGGAGGCUCAAUUGUUAGCUCUCAUUAUCAUUGCUACGAAACUUAUAUUCCCUUUUAGCGAGACCAAGGGAUAUCCAAUUUCGGCUACAGAACCAGCUGCGCAGAUUGUCGACUGGAAUUUGUGGGCCGAUGCACAAAAGCAUUUCAAAGAUAAGACCACAGCAGAAGGCCGAUUAGGAAAGGGCCAGGAAGUUACCGUCAAUGAAGGCAAUGUAUUCCACAUGACAGGGCAACAGCUGGACGAUUACUUGGAUUGGUAUCAAGAUACUUGGCUUGACCAAAAUAAAAACAUGUUUCCGCUCACCCGUGCGGAACCUGAAGAUCUCCUGAAAAUGUAUCCCAGUGCGGAGGUCGAGGAAGCGAUUGAUGAUACAGUUCGCGAAGUUACCGCGAGCAUUCGCCUAGCUCAGAUAAUCCCAUUUGGGCAAAGUCGUGGGGAAGACAGUGAAGGCGACCAGGAUACGGGCGAAGAAGAAGACCCCGACCCAAAUCCUCGUCCUGGCCAUUCAUAUGAAAUAUACAAAACAGCAUCUGCAUUACCCGACACAGCGCGCAAAUUUUUUGAAAAGGCAGCAAACCUGUCAGGGUUGUCAUUGAACACACUCGUAGCAGUUGUGUAUCGCACAGAGCGCAAGUUGGGAAAGUUCCAACUUGACCAUUUCGUCGAAUUUCGAAUGCAGAUUUUCGUCAAGACCCUCACGGGCAAGACCAUCACCCUUGAGGUCGAGUCCUCCGACACCAUCGACAAUGUCAAGUCCAAGAUCCAGGACAAGGAGGGUAUCCCCCCGGACCAGCAGCGUCUGAUCUUCGCCGGAAAGCAGCUUGAAGAUGGCCGUACUCUUAGCGACUACAACAUCCAGAAGGAGUCCACUCUUCACCUUGUCCUCCGUCUCCGUGGUGGUAUCAUCGAGCCCUCCCUGAAGGCUCUUGCCUCCAAGUACAACUGCGAGAAGUCCAUCUGCCGCAAGUGCUACGCUCGUCUCCCCCCUCGUGCCACCAACUGCCGCAAGCGAAAGUGCGGUCACACCAACCAGCUCCGCCCUAAGAAGAAGCUCAAGUAA